UAAGCGCGCCGUGUAUGCUGUUUUGGAAAGAGGUAUCGUUAGCUUGACGAUAAAAAAGGGCCACCUUUUUUUUUUAAAGAAAAGGAUGCCUUUACCUCCAGCACUGCUGGCCCGAUUGGCCAAGAGAGGGAUUGUUAAACCAACAGAGCAAGGGGCAGAUGAGGAGAUUAUUGCUGAAGAUUAUGAUGACAACAAUGUAGAUUAUGAAGCCACCAGAGUGGAGAAUCUACCACCAAACUGGUACAAAGUGUUUGACUCUGCUUGUGGUCUUCCUUAUUACUGGAAUGUCGAGACAGAUAUGGUUGCCUGGUUAUCCCCAAAUGACCCAUCUGCAGUAAUAACAAAACCUGCCAAGAAAAUAAGAGUAGAAGGAGGAGAUGAAAAAGGCGAGAAGCAAGUUGAGAAACCAGACAGGGACAGAGAACGACACAGAGACCGGGAUCGGGAAAGGGAUCGAGAUCGGGAAAGGGACAGGGAAAGGGACCGGGACAGAGAACGUGAUGAUGGGAGGGACAGAGACAGAAGAAAGCAGAGAAGAGAUGAGGCAGCACCAUACAGUCGAAGCAAAAAAGGUAGAAAAGAUGAUGAGAUGGACCCCAUGGAUCCAAGUGCUUACUCUGAUGCUCCAAGGUACAGUACAGAUGGUCACCUCGAUAUAAGCUAUAUACAGGUCGUUCUCUGGUAUUCUGAUUUUGCCAGAAUCAUUGUGUUGCACUUGUUGAAAAAUAGUUAUGAGAGACAGACCAAAUCAAUUCCCAUCAUGCAUUUUUAUCUUAGACGUAAGAACUAAACCCUCACACAGCACAGGUACAAUUUUUGAGUGUGUCCUCUCAAAAUUCAAAAUGGUAAUCAGCAUAGCUGAUAUCCCUGGUUUAGGGAGCUCACAUAAAUCUACAUUUCAUGCAAGGCACCACACCUCAACAAGAGGCAGAUUUUAUUCCAGUAACAUAAUGUUCAUAGUGAACUGGAUUAGUUUUCCUCCCAUUUUCAAAAAAGUUACUCUUAAUAUUUGACCAAAUUUGACCAGCUUUUAUCACAACUCACUUAUUCCCUUGAGCAUAAAAUAAAGACUUGCAGAAAGGCCUCGUAUCCUUAUGAGCUCUGAGCCCUCAGAGCAGGAACAUGUGUGAACGCUGGGAAGGGGCCAUGCACUUUUUUUUAAACAGCAUUUUGACUUGGCAUGUCAGAGAAAGCACAGGUAUAAAAACAACUUAAAUGGCUCCAUACUACUUCAGCACGCUAGUUUCAUUAUCCUUGUAUGUGCAGUCAGUCUUAUUGUAGCUGUAAAUGCAACAUACUGUAGUCGUCAUUAACCAAAUUUACCUCAUUGCAGUUUUCCUGCCACCAUGAGCCAAAUUGUCUGCUGUUGAAAUGUCUAAGAUCUAAACCUGCAGGGUUUCUGUUUAAAAUAUUCCUAAGACCAAACUGAGAUUGUCAUUGCAAUUUGAUCAAGGUCGUUUUCUCAGGCUUGACAAAACCCCUUUUCAGACACAGAAGACAUUGUAGUGCUGAUUACAAAUGCAGUGAACACAAACGUAUUCAUUU